GUGGGUGCGGCAAUUUUGUAUGCUGUUCAUGUUUGCCGUCUUCUGUUUUGAACAACUAACCAUCAUUGAAACCUUUUUGCUGCUACUACUAGACUAGAAUAAACAAGAGAGGAGGAACAGUGCAAGAGAGACUUCAAUAUGGCUGGAAAAGGACAACCCCCGUUUAGACCAAACCGAGACCUUUCCACCAUCUGCCAGAAAUUAUGGAACAGUGAUGAGAAUUAUCUGACCCCUGGUGUAGACUACAAGAUUGACCCUCAGGGAUAUACGUUCUACAGUAACAUGGGCCAAACAGAUCGAGCCAAGAAACCACUGUUUGAGUGGGUGACAGAGGAGGCAUUGGAGAAACCAACAUACCAGUGUUUCAAAGCACUCCUUGAUAAUUACGAGUCAGCGACAGGUACUUCUGAAGUAGUGACGCCUCAAGAGGUUGCUGAGAAUAAAAGAUUUCUGAAUGAAAUCAUGAAGACAAAGGUCAUGAAGGAGGCCCAUCGUUAUCUUCUAAAGAAGUUGCCGGCAAAAAUCCCAUCCGAUGAACUUGAAUUUAAGAAGUUACUCUACAAAGUGUGGUUUGACCUAUAUCCUAGAACAGCUGGAAUGGGUGGACAGCCAGGAGAUUCAUCUGGUUUUGAGCAUGUUUUUGUUGGCGAGACCAAAAACAAACAAGUGAGUGGAUUCCACAAUUGGAUCCAGUUUUACCUGCAGGAGAAGGCAGGUCAUAUUGACUACAAAGGCUGGCUCCCACCCAAAGGAAAGCGAGCCAAGAGAGGAGAAUCUCAUGAGAACAAACGAUUGAUGAGUCUUCAGUUUGAGUGGAAAGGUGUCGUCAAGCCAGCUGGCAGCUCCUUUAUUGGUGUUAGUCCAGAAUUUGAGGUAGCGUUGUACACAGUGCUAUACUUUGUCGGUGGUAAAAGCAACAUGGUUGAGAUUGACGAGUAUGAUUUGGAGGUGACGGUUCAUAAAUUCUCAAGGAAACCACUAGAUCUUCUAAGUAGCUGCUAUCCUACUAUUAUUAACACAGAAUAGAGCUGUAUCCCACAUAAUAAUCAGUGCCAAGUCAAAAUUAAGAGGUGUCUUCAAAUUACUACAGCAACGCAUUUAUUCUCUCCCUGAAUUAUGAGUCAAGGGGUUAAUAAUAUAAAACUUGCAUCCAAUACAAUUUUAGGAGGCGCUCUUUUCUAAACUGAAAUUCCUAUUUAAAUCUUAUGACAGGCUGUAGCACAUCUGAACUCUACUAUUUGAAUUGUUAUCAAAGCUAUCUAUGGGUGACGGGAUUCAUUUGAUAUAAAUGUGUUGUUAAUAGACAGCCUUGAUUUGGUACUCAAAGCCUUUAUAUUUCUAUAUUAUUCUUGAGCCUUUAUUAGCUUUCAAUAUAAUUCUGCAACCUUUUAUAAGGUUUCUAUAUAGCUCUGAAGCCUUUUAGAUUUCUAUACAAUUCCGAAGGAAAAAAAGUGUCAAGAAGGAAGAAUAACCCUGACAAUUUGUUCAUCUGAGAAUCACUUCUUAAAUGCAUUUAUCAGAAGUUAAGUUUAACAUUGUUUUACUUGAUCAUUAUAUUGCAGCAAAUUUGCUAAUUGAAUAACUUGGUUCAUCAUUCAAACAAGUAUUCAGAAAGUGGAAGUAUUAUAUUGCUUUCUUAGGGAUGUGAGCAUUGAUUAAUGCUUACCGGUAGCAGAACCUCACAGGUUUGUUUACUAUCUAGUAAUAAAACCACUACAGUAAAUCUUCUAAUUUUGGGUUGAAAAAAAGACAAAUUGACUAGAGGAGGACAUAAACCUACAGCUUCCGGAUGAAAGUGCCGGCGUCCCCACAUAGCAUAUCCCUGGCUACAAUUGGCUUCUGAAUGGCAUUCCUGAACAAAGAUUUUGACAAAAUAGGGACCAACAUCGGGGCUAGAUAGCUCAGUUGGUAGAGUCUAGAUAGCUCAGUUGGUAGAGCGCAGGCAGUUAAUGCAUAGGUCGCAGAAUUAAGUCCCACUCUAGACAAUUCUUCUUUGUUCAACCAUUAGAUUUGUUUAUUGAUAAAUUUCUUUGAAAUGCACUCCAAAAACCAGCAAUGAUUCACCAUCUUUUUGUAACUUAAUGCAACUUUUUCCAGCUCCUUUUGUAAUUCAGAUCAGGUCAGAAUUGAAAUUUUGUAUGAACCUUUAUACACUUUGUUAAAAUUUUCUGUGGAUUGUAGAUUAAGAACUAAUAACUAUAUUUUUGUAUAUAAUCACAUGUAUUUCUAUGGGAAAAUUGGGAUCAACAUUUAACAAUUUUAUCUUUUUGGGCUAUAUGGUGUAAUAAGGUACAUUAAGUGUAUGCCUUGGUGGGUUGGUGGGUAAGUUAACUAUAAUAAAGACAUUAAAUGAAACACCAAAAGUUUGUUCAAGAACUGUUCAGAGAAAGCUUUAACAUAACAGACACCAGAGAUUUGAAGCAUCCUGUUUUCAAUAAAAAUGUCUUCUGUAAUGCUUAUCAUUUUUGUUUUUUAAAGGAAAUGAUAGAACAUUUCAGCAGACAAUUUGUAUCCUCAUAGGGGGAUUUUAAAUUGAUUACAACUCAUAUACAUGGCUGUUUCAUGCAGAUUAAAACUAUGAUAUCGUCAACAUCAAGUUGGUAUACUGAUUACAAACAGCAUCUGUGCAAUGUUUUGACAUAAUAAUACAUGUAACGGCUCUUUUAUGCUGCUUUGUCAUACCAGACAAUGUCCUUUAAGGAACUAAUCUAAAGAAGGGCUAAUUAUAAUAUAAUUUUAGCUUAAAAUCUUACUCGCUAUGCUAAGCAAAGCUUUCUAUACUAUACUACGCAUACAUGUAUUUUAGAGAGAAAAGGUGUUUGAAAUUUGCUCUUGUUUAAUUGAUGAACUGUUAACUGGAAUGGAGUUUUGGUGAUAUGGAAACGUAAAUUUUAAUUAAAUUAAACAAACACUUGUUGCCUACUUGUGUAUAAAUCUAUCACGUUUAUUGAGCUAAAAUAACUAACUAUAUUAUUUGAUUUAAUGGGUAUUUUUAAGUGAAGGUUUGUUGUGUACAUCAUUGUAUCAUUACAAUUUAAAAUUUAGCCUAGAUUAAUAUCGGAAGUUGCCAACCACCCUCAUGUGAUAAACUUGUGUCAAACAAUUUAUAGGGUGGCCCUUUAUAGAGUAUUGAAUUGUGCUAGAAAGAAUGCCAACUCAAAAGAGCUUCAUCCAUUGUCAGUCGGACAUGGCUUAAAUAAAUGAGAUAACAUAAUAAGUAA